UUGGCUGCUGGCCGUCCCGGAGUGAUGUCAUGUGACUGGCUUUCCGGGUGCGGUAAACAUGUCUGUGGCGGAGCCCUGUAGUCCGGAGGGGCAGAGCGAGGCCCUGGGGGAGCUGGGCGAGGAGGAGCACGGAGCGGAGCCGGGAAAGCCAAGCAUUGCCAAUGAUGAAAUUCAAAUGAAGAUGAAAAAGUCUUUGAGGUUGCCAAGACCUAGAUUUGAUGUGUCUUUGUUCUAUUUGACCCGUAAAUUCAUGGACAUCAUUAAGGCUGCCCCAGAUGGAAUUGUGGAUCUAAAUGAGGUUGCCAAAGUUCUAGGGGUGCGGAAAAGACGAGUAUAUGAUAUCACUAAUGUGCUAGACGGGAUACAGCUAAUCCAAAAGAGGUCUAAAAACCUGGUCCAGUGGGUGGGAACAGAUUUCAAUCACAGUGGAACGGAGAUACCCUUGCAGCAGAGGCUUCGAAAUGAUAUUAGCGACCUCACAGCCAUGGAAGAAGCUUUGGAUGAUUUAAUCCGGGACUGUGCACACCAGUUAUUUCAAUUAGCAGAAGACCGUUCAAACAAAAAAUUUGCGUAUGUGUCUUUUCAAGAUAUCCACAGAAUUGAAGACUACCAUGAACAGAUUGUCUUGGCUGUCAAAGCUCCUGAAGAAACAAGAUUAGAAGUUCCAACACCGAAUGAAGAAUGCAUAGAAAUUCAUAUCAAGAGUAGAAAGGGCCCCAUCGAUGUGUAUUUAUGUGAAGUGGAACAGGAAAGCACAAACCAGAAACCUUUCGAACACUUGACGAAGACCCUUAAAAUGGAGCCAGACCCAAUUCUAAUUGACGACGACGAGUAGAAGUAGAAGAUCUGUUUCUUUGGGCAGUGAGCUUUGCACAGACUCUUUCCUGGAUACACUAUUUUAUCAAUUGCAGUAAAUAC